GCUGUUCCCUCAAUUUGCAGAGACAAGAACUCCCUUCUCAUUUACCUGGCUGGAAUGAAAGUGGCAUCGGUGCUCGGUGCAGGAGAGAUGGGCAAGGCGUGUGCCUUGGCGCUUGCAGCCGACGGUGCGGCAGCUGUGCGCCUUCUCACUCGCGACGCUGUUCACGCCGCAUUGGACUACAGGUACCACGAAGCAUCAACCAACGCGUCCGCGUCCACCACGAAAAGAGCAGCAGCGCCACAAUGGCCGCCUGCCAUUCGCUUUUACGAUGUCCAAAAGAUGCUCCGCGACGAUGCGGGCGUGGCGGAGUGCACGAAGGGGCCGCUGUUUAUCUGCACGCCGAUCACCGCGUACCUGCCAUCGGACGAUGCCUGGGCGAAGGCGGCACUCGGCGAGGAGCACAGUGCUGUCACUCACGAUGUGCUGCAGUGCUGGCAACGUGUGAACUCUCCUUUGCCUUCGCCGGCGAUGCAGACCAGCACGGCAACGCCUUUUGUGUGCCUUUUCACGCGUGGGUUCACCGCAGACGGCGAUGUGCCCGCGCAGCUCACGGAGAAGCUGUUGAACGGAGGGGCAUCGGCGUCGACGGCGGUCCAUGUCGGUACGCCACGCAGAAGUGACAAGGAAAUUCCUGUGGUGGUGGCUGCGGCGCCGCUGCUGGCGAAGGAGUGGGCCUUGCAGUGCACCCCUAUCACGAUCAACCCGGACGUGACAUCGUCGUUAUCCUCCUCUUCCCCACAUUCUUCCUCUAUUCCGCCUCGCCCACAAAGCGCGCUGAGCGAUGAAACGGUAGAGCGUGGAAUCAAGAAACAACUACAUCUCGUAAAAAACACGACGGCAGAAGCUGCUGCUCCAGCUUCUCUGUACCCACACGCGUUCUCCGGCGUGUCGCUCUCCUUUGCUGCGUGGUCCCCGUCGAUCCACUCGGACGCGGGCAGACAGGCGGCACUGGCCCAACAGCUCAAGGAGAUGCUUCCUCGUGAGUCCAUCACGUAUCUGCGCGAGCCCGACGCAGCAGCGGUGCUGUCAAUCGUGAAUGGCUGCGUCCCGCUCUGCGCGUUCGGUGCGGGACUCGUCAGCAGCGUCUACACGGGUGCGAGUGUGAGCGCCCUCGCCUCCUACGCCCAGCACGCCACGCUAGCAACGGAGGAGUUAGUGAACCAGCUUCUCGACCGGCCCAGUGGGACACCGCUGCCGAUUGCAGCGUGGUCCACGCUGAACGGCGCGAGCACCUCCUUGGCCUCGCGGGAGUUCGCGCUUGGCCGUCGAUUCGACUUCUACUUUCGCAAACAGGACGCGGUGCAGGCAAUCUUUCGCGGUCACGCACAUCAGCUGUUUGCGGCGACGGUGGAUGGUCUGCACACCCGCAUGCAGACCAGCAGUGUAGCGAGCCCGUUUUAUGAAGCGCUCAUGGACACGUACAACACGAUGAUCCGCGCCUCGCGAGCAGGGGAAGGCCUGGUGAAGGAGGGCUACUACGGCUAUAAUGACGCGCCGAAGGACGAGGGUGUGCUGCUGCGACACGCGCUGCAGGUGGACGAGGCGAUGCUUUCGGGCGACGAGGAUCGAUUUACCGCCGCGAAGGAGCGCUUGGUGAAGGCGUUUCCUGGCGCUGUGGUCCACUGA